AUGAAGAACGUUCUAUCGAGUGUUUACCUUUCCACGAGCAUACUGCACGCCUGUAGUGCAAUACCGAUCCCGUACGUGCAUACAGGACAUCAUGACGCUGUAAUCCUCGGGGUGCUAGCAUGUCUUGGCCUUGGUUCGUUCAUAAUGGGGUUUUGUAUUUUCUGCAAAAAGAAGAGUGGAAAAUUUAAGAAAUUUAAGGAUGGAGACAUCAUACAAGAGGUGAUUGCAACGGAAUACCCCAUACUGAAGGCUUUAAAUGUACUAGAUACAUCUGUACCGUGUGCUGUUAUCCCGUCGAGCCCCAAUAACCUUUCCACUGAUAAUCUUCUUGAUAAGAUUGAAACCUAUCAGAUCGACGUAGAUCACCCGCACGAUUCUUACUGCACGCGGAGAAGCGAUCCGCUAACGUGUACGUACGAUGAGUUCGAUCCGAACGAUGAAUCGGAUGAACGAACCGAGCGGACUGCUACUACGGCGACCGUUGAACCGGUGGCAGGCGAUGAACCUCUUCUGUUUUCGGAUAUUUUUGAUGAAUCGCUAGAACGGAGCGAGAAGUGUAAUCUCACGGCGGUUUCGGUAGCGUUGCCGACCUCCUCGGGUGAGGAAGAUGACGAAGGGUUGCCACCGCCCCGGUCGGACGCAGAGGACGAGGACGAACGACGCCCGCUGGUCAGUGACGAUAGUAUAGACGAAGCGGCAGCCACAACUGCGACGACCAUUACGGUCACUGCAACGAUGGCACAGUCUGCCGACGCUAUCAGCAUUGAGGAAGCGUUGCGUGCGCUGGAUAUUGCGAUUGAGGGAGAAGAAGACGAGGAUGAGGACGAGGGCCAAGCCACACCGUUGAACGAAAGCGACGAAUCGCUGUCACCGUCCAUCUACUCGGAACCACCCUCGGACAAGGUGCUUAGGCGGGAGGAUGUUGAACAACAAGCGGCAGAACUGGUCGACGAUGUGCUCUACAAAUGUCAGUAUAUGCUGCAGAUGAUGGAUGCUAACGGGAGCAACCUUUCCCCGUUGGAGGCGGACGAAUUUUCGCCUACCAAUUCCCGGGGGAACAUAUUCGACGGAUGGGGUAAUUUGGAGUUGGACUCAAACGUGUCGUUUGCCGCGGUGGAUGACGAUAACGAUGAUGAGUGGUGGAAAGGAUCGAUGGAACCGUUCGAAGGAGAGGACAGUGGGUGGAAUCGUGCUGGUAACGAUCCAUUCCAGGACGAUCACACGUUUGAUCUUCUUCGUCAACAGUUGAGCCAACUGCUACCCCAGGGCAAUGACUGUGGCGGUGGAGCUGCUCGCGCCGACAAUGAUCACGAUCAGGCUCUUGGUGGAAGUCCAAAAUUAUUUGACCUGGGCGGCAUACACGAUUACGAACAGCCGGAACGGGAGACGGAGGAAAACGAAAUUAUCAUCAACUACAACCGUUCCCUGUCGCCUAUUUUGGAGGAAAACGAAGACGAAAUUAGCUUGCCACCGUCGAUCAGUGUCGCACACUGCUCCAAUAUUGUGGAGAGUACGAUAAUAAGCACCGAGGGUCCUGUGGUGUGCGAAGCAACCGAAUCUGUGCCAGCCCUUGCCAGACGAAGCUCUCUCACUGCGUCGAACGAUACGCUGUUCAACCUGGAGGACGUACUGGAGGAUCGUUGCAUGACACCACAGGACGAUACAUUCCCUGCGAGCAGCCAUGCAUCGCCCCGGACGCUGCUGGUCGAGGCCAGCGGGGACGCUAGUGGGUUAGAAAAAUUAUACAACUUCUCAUCACGACUCAUGUCAUCGGCGGCGGCAUCUUCGCUCGGUGCCAACAGUCUAGACGACCAUCUACUUCAUCAUCACCCACAACGCCAUCACGUACUGCUUUCGUCCAUCUGUCUAGAUGACUUAAGCGUGGGUGAUAUUAUGGAAUCGCCACCACCACCGCCACCUCUACCAUCGGCCCUCGGGGUAGGUGGUGGCGGCGGUGCCAACGGUGGCAACACUGCUGGCGGAUUACUCAUGGCCGAAACCAAACAGGAUCUUCCCUCAUCGGCCUAG